AGCGUAUGAACGUGUCGCGUGGGCACCGUGGUGGGGGCUUAUUUACUCGGUGUUCAAAGCAUGCCGGGUUGGCCGAUCGUCGACGGAUCGAGGAACGCCAGUCCGCGGCUGACACUCGUUGAGAUCGCGUGACCCGUUUUUCCGAAUGGUGCGACUGCCACACGCCUCGGUGUUCGCCAUCGACGAGGGCCGCUCGUGGUAACCUGUGCUGAUCAGUGCUAGAGAGGACACUUCGCCGGCCGCUUCCCCUGUUGUGUUGAAUUUCUCACCCCCCGUCUCGAGCCGAUUCGCGCGAGAGACCUCGCCGCGGCCGGGAACACGGUAGAACAUCCGAUCGAGUGCGACGUGUUCCGAACAGAGACACCGUGUGCGAGCGCGGACACGUGGAUCAUCGGACCACUGACAUGGAAUUGUCGUUCGGCGGACCGCGCCGGGACAACGGACAAAGUGAAAGCGCGCCGAUCGAUAGAUUCUGAUCGGCUCUCGCGGUGAUCGGUGCGCGGCCGCGCACCCGCGCGCACGCGACAAUCGCUCCCGUUUUAGAGACACCCGGGAGAGAUCGCUGCGGGGCCCUACUGGUCCUCGGAGAUCUAAUGGCACCCGACCUUGAGAAGAAGCGGCAGGAACUCAGGAGGACCAGCAGCGGCACGUUGGAACCGGCGCAUGACCACUUUCACAUGUUGCUGCAGCUACGGUGCAACGGAAGCGCACUGACCGAGCCGUACCGACACGGUAACAAUGCAGGAGGUAGAUCGUCAUCGGUGACAGGAUCGGUUCAAAGGAGCACCGUCACGUCGAGUAACCGCGCGCACUCCGCCAGCCGAAGGAUCAGCCAUCAGCAGCGUCAGCAGCAGCAGCAACAACAGCCGCAGACCAGAAAGCCCUUGGGAUCCUUACGGAACUCGGAUGACCACGUGCCAAGAGCCAGCUCGGCACAGGACGUUUGCGAUAACUCGAACGAUUCCGGGCUUGGCUUCGAGGAACGUCAGCAACAUCUCAGCACCGCAAACGCUUGGAACGGCGCCGGCGAGGAGGACUCGAAGAGGAGGAAGAUGGACAUCAAGCUCGAGUCCGAGGAUGCUAACUUCUCGUUCCCCGAGGUGGCGCACACCACCAGCCCGGACACCAAGACUGGGACCAGGAGCACAGUGAACGGCGGCAUCGGGGGACUAACCGCGAUCUCGAGUAGCAGGAACGGGACCGGCGCCACCGGCAGGGUGGUCGACGUGCCCAGAACACGACCAGGGAUGGGCGUCCUCGCGAAGAGGCCACCCCCUGCUCACCAAGGUCCAAUCACCCUCACCUCUCAGUUGUGCAGCGCUUCUGCGGACGGAAAGGUCCAGCUACAAAUCAUCUGUCAGCCGGAACAGCAACACCGGGCUCGCUACCAAACGGAGGGCUCGAGAGGUGCGGUGAAGGAUCGUACCGGGAACGGGUUCCCGAUCGUACGUCUGGUCGGCUACGACAAACCGGCGACCCUUCAAGUUUUCAUCGGCACGGAUCUCGGCCGUGUCGCGCCCCACAUGUUCUACCAGGCUUGCCGCGUCAGCGGCAAGAACUCGACGCCCUGCAUUGAACGGAAAAUCGAUGGGACGAUAGUGAUCGAGGUGGACAUGGACCCGACGAAGGACAUGAUGGUCACUUGCGACUGCGUCGGGAUCCUCAAGGAACGGAACGUGGACGUCGAGCACAGAUUUCCGCAGGAGGCUGGGAUCCUUCAAGGUCGUAGCAAAAAGAAAUCGACCCGUUGUCGCAUGGUCUUUCGCACGACGAUCACUCAUCCGGAUGGCACCUCGGAGACUUUGCAAGUCUGCUCGCAACCAAUAGUUUGUACUCAACCACCUGGUAUACCAGAGAUCUGCAAGAAGUCUCUCACCUCCUGUCCCUGCACCGGUGGAUUGGAGCUCUUCAUUUUGGGGAAGAACUUCUUAAAGGACACCCGUGUGGUGUUUCAACUGGACAACGACGACCUAUCGAGUAGUUUGGAACCACACUGGGAGUGUGCGGUCCUGCCUGACAAGGAGUUCCUGCAACAGACUCACCUCGUUUGCGUCGUACCCGCUUACAGACGGCAGGACUUGGCACCCUCGGAAACGGUCAGCGUGAAACUGUACGCGGUGUCUUCUGGAAAGACGAGCGAACCGCACACGUUCCUUUAUACCGCUGCUUCUACGCCACCGGAGCCAUCGAUGGGCAAAGCCGAAUCCCUAACGCCACCACUGCCUGCGGUGAACGGAGAGACCACGUCCCCUUCGGCGGUGCCCCUGACGACAGGUGUACCAGCUAACACCCUGAUCACUCAGGCAACUGGCGGAACGCCGACCUUCUUGUCUACGAUGCAACCCCAACAAGCAACGUCUCAAACGAGCGAAGCUCUGAAGAGCGACCCAAGCCCGCCGCCGGUAACAACCCCCUCGCAAGUAACGCCAGUUAUGAUGUGGGCCACGCAAAGUCCAAAUUGCCAAAAUUCGCCGCCUGACGUGAUGAUGCCGCCCCCAGUUUUGGUCGCAAACCCACUCUUGAAUCGUAGAUCGUCCUCAAAUCUUCAAUUAAUCCUGCCGGAUAACUUGAAGACGGAAGUACUCGACGAAAACAGUGAGAACAGCAUGAUCAGCGAAAACAGUAUGCAAAGUAUACCCACCCCGACAGCGAACGGUUCGACAGGCACCAGCCCGUUGCAACAGCUGGUUAAUGAGAAUACGAUUGAAUCGUCGCAAACUAACAUGAUCAGGUCCGUGCCAGUCGCGCCGAACGGUUCGCCGGUUCAAGAGGUUAAUCUUUUGGGUGUAGUUGAUUUGAUGAGAAACCAGCACUCAUUAUCCAUGGUAACCUCACACCAGAAUACCUACGGCGGCAUGCACGAAUCGUCUCAAGUCAAAGUCUUAAGUCCCCACCAUAUCAACAAAGAGACUAAUCCAAUGUUGGCGACAGACGGCAGUCCGAAUGGAAGUCUCCAGGGCGGCGGUGUUGUCGACCUUCGCAUGAAACAUCACCAAUCGGAUUUCGCGGCCCUCUCGAAUUUCGCGACGUCGUCGAAUGCUCAGCCCUUGCCUGAGCAGAGCGGUCACAGCGUGGAAAAAUAUCUGAACCAUAUCGAGUCGAAUGUAAAAGAGGUCGAGAGCCAGGAGAACGGCUAUGUGGCCAAUAUGCAGCAACGUGCUUCCAUUAUCGCUUCGGGUCGGCAACCGCAGCAAACGCAACCUUCCAGCAUGUUGUCACCCGCCGCCCAAGGUGUUAAGUUAGAUACCCUGGUCAAUCCCGCCGCAGACACUCACCAACUGGUCUCACCGCUUCGAACCGUGAACCCUAGCAGCGGUGCUCUGAUGAGCCACGUUACUGUCAGUGAUCACGAGACCAUUUCAAGUCCCCAACAAACCAGAACUAGCCCGCCUAUACCGGUGCUUCUUGAAGCACUGAUGCCACCCCAAACUGUACAGCCCUUGUCGGCGAACGGUGCUUCAUCCGUCUCUCCUCCAGCAGUUCCAGAACAAGCUCCUGACGAAAGCCUAUUAACCAGCAUCAAUGCCGCGUUGUUACCGUCAAUGCAAGAGCCAGCCGUGUCGGGCGCUGGUACGUCUCCCGCCUCCGUGUCAUCUCAUAAUCAAUUACAAGUCACCAAUGAGACAAUGUCGGCGGCGGCUGAUCACAUUCCUCAAAUCCAAGGUCUCAUUCAGCAGGACGUUGUAGCAAUGCAGCAGGUACAGCAAGUGGAACAAGUCGUGGCACAGGCACAGCAGCAAGUUGAGCAAGUUGUCGCCCAAGCACAACAGCAGGCAGUGCAAGCGGUACAACAAGCGCAACAGCAGGUUGUUCAGCACGUAGUGCAGCACGCACAGGUUGUACAGCAGGCUGUCCAACAAGUCCAAGCGGUACAGCAGGUUCAGGCUGUGCCAGCAGUUCAACAGGCUGUACAACAAGCUACUCAGGAGGUUGUGCAGCAGGCGGUUCAGCAAGCAACUCAGGAAGUAGUGCAACAGGUUCAGGCUGUUCAACAAGCGGUGCAGCAAGCACAAGCUGCCCAGGCAGUACAGCAGGCAGUUCAGCAGGACAUUGGUUCGAUGUUAAACCAACCAGCUGGCUUCGUUGCUGAAGCUAGCUCCGCUUUGGCCAGUGGAGCCGCACAGGAGCCGUCGCAACAAAGAUUGACAACCGCUGCUGAACAGGCGAUUAAUAAUGUUAUCACGAACGCUACACAAGAUAUCAUUAACAAUAGACCAAUUACUACGACCACCGCGCACGCCAUCAUCGCUACGAAGAAGAUUUUGAACAGCGUGGCCACUCAAAGUGCCCAGCUGAUGAACUGUGCCAUGGAAGGGAUCCUGCCAAAGUCUCCAUCCAGCCAGAACAACAUUGUCGAACAAGUAACGAGUAAGUCACCACCGGUUGCCAUGCCGGUAACGCCUAGCAGGCAGAAUGUAAAUCCACCGAUAACGAAUCCCACCGGUAACGCGGCCGGGACUACUAUCAGGAAGCAGGAAGACGGUAUGCUGCCACAAGAACUGACAUCGAUGUCGGAGCAUGAUCUUCUGAGCUACAUUAAUCCAAGUUGUUUCGAUCAGAGCGGUUUCCUUAUGUAGUGUUGAUGUACUCAUGUUUUCGAACAUGAAAUUUUAUAUAUGGUAUUCGAGGUACUCGGAUACGGAAUGAGUGACUAACUCCAGCCAAUCAAAUAACGAAGUUGUUCCGUUGGCUUGAUACGAGUUCUAUAUCUGUGCCACAUUAUUGUUUCAGACUUUAUAUGUGAUAGAAAAAAAAACAAAACGAAACAAAAGUAAGAAUUCAGCUUUUUGUACGACGAAAGAAUGGACGAAGUUUGCACCACCUUUGUAAUCAAAUUGACAAAACUAUUAUCUUUGUUAAGUAAGACGGGCGCAUGAGAGCGCGACAAUUAGGGUUUUCCUCCUUUAUUCUUCCCUUUUUUUUCUACGAAUUGUCCGAUGUGAUAAUUCAUUUUAUUUAUCUUUAUCAACGCCUCUUGCGCAUCCAGGUGCCUUUCUUCCCUGCUCCCAUGAUCCCAUUGUAAAUGUAUCUUAGAAUAUUGGUAUUUUCCUUUACAAAGGCAACGAGUUGUGUUAUUGUGUUUUAAUAAUCGUCAAUGUACUGACCCCACUCAACUCUAAGUGGAGCCACCGAAUUGAGUGUAGCAACGAUGAAAAAAUUAAGUUUCCCGGUACCGUAAAAUAGUUAUACUGAACCCUACUGAGUUCAUCGAUGCAUCCUUCUAUUUUCUUUCUUCCCCCAAAUUUCUUGACUUGAUUUCAUUCUGAAAAAUGGAUCAUCUUGUUGUUUGACGUCGUUUCUAUUAUAUUUUUAAGUAAUAAUAUAUAUAUAUAUAGUAUAUAUAUACAUAUUUCGUAUGUUGUUUAAUAAUUGAAUAUUUUUGUUGAUAAUUAAUACCAAUAAUAGAAUAUUAUGUGAUUGCGUUGAUGGUUAUCGAUAUCUAAAUAAGUGAAUAUGAAAAUGACAGAGAGAGAUUAUAUUAUAUGUCAGUACGAGGAAUAACUACUAUAGAAAUAUAUAUCAUUGAGAUAUAUAAUAUAUAUUUUACAUUUACCCAAAGAGAGAAGCAGAUGAUCGGACAAAGUGAGCUUAUUAAAAAUAUGAAAAUAUUAUAUAUUAUAUAUUGUAACAUCACGUUACGCGAGGGGUCCUCCCUUUUGUUCAAGACGAGGGGUGCUAUGUACCGUGUGUACGAAUACUCGCCAACAUUAAUCUAGUAAGAGACAGAUUUUAUAUUGAAAGAUAUUGAAACAUUUAUUGUCGUGAUAUGUCUUUGUAACAAAAAAAAA